UCAUACAGUGACACUGUGACAGUAAAGGUCUGCACAUUUCUGAUCACCAGGUCAGGCACUCACAACCCCACAAAAACCCAACUACCAGUCCCUCUUGCCCAUCUAUCCAUUUCUCUUCUUUUCUUCCCAAACCUUCUUCCACCUUCCAGAACAUUUUGCCUCUCUCUCUGUCUCUCUAUCAAAUCUUCAAGACCCUUUUGGCUCUAAUUGAAUUGGGAAAUUGGGUUUUGAUCAGUCUCGUUAGAAGAUAAGAGCGGAGAUGUUUUUGCAGUUGUUUUUCACGGUGGCUUUCUCGGCGGUGCCUCUGACUCUUUACGUUCCGCCGCUCCGAAGCUUAAACCCGUUUGUGGAGACCAUGGAGGAUCUAAUGUUGGAAUCCAGAACCUACACGAAUAGGGUCUACCCACGUGUCCGCCAUCUCUGGCGUAGGAUCUUGGAUUGUUUGCUUUGCAGCACCACCACCAGGUAGAUUCAUUCUUCAGUUUAAGCUGGUCCAAUUGUUCAGAUCAUCAUCAUCAUCACUUCCGAUCACAUCGGUCUUAUGAGUUGCUAUCAUAUGUAAUAUUUAUAAAUAUCAAACGAAUCACAAACAAAUUUCUGAUGAUGCCUUCUUGUUUUAGCUUCUGGGGGUAAAUAAGUUUUUUCUUUUUAGUUGUUUAUCUUGUAAAUUGUUGUAAUUGAGUGAGAACCGUUUGAUGCCGUAUGUUACAGAGGUGGGUUUAGUGAUCGAAUAUAUUUCCUGGUUCGUUUUC